AUUGACUGCCAGAACAUGCAGAAUUUCUAGACUUUUCACCUUUUCUUCUAACUUCAAAACGUCACUCGUCGUCGUUACUGAUCUGACUCCAGUCUCUGUUUUAAAUUAGGCCUACUGGUUGUUUAUCAUGUCGACAAUUGAUAAUCUUGUUCACUGUUCUAAUAUAACAAGUAAUUUAUAGCUCAGAAUUAGAUUUACCUGUGGCAGUAGGGAAUUCAGUCAGAAAAUAUUCGCAAGACAGGAUCUGAAUCUGAGCAAACUAACAAAGCUAAUUUGAAUUUUGAUAUAAUUACAAAAAAGGAAUUUAGGAAAGCCAAUUCAUGGCAAUUGUAAAUUAUAGACAUGUCUGUGAUGCAUAGACUUAGAUUGGAUCUGACUUAUUUUGACUUUGGGGCCCUAGUGAAGUCUUCGGAAGCUUUGCUUGUUGACUCACUAUUUGUAUGGUACACUGUAUGCUUUGACUCUGACUUCUGAGUAGCUUGCUGAAUGAAAGUCUGACUGAGCCGAGUUUAACCGUCUGCGUCUAUUACGGCGUACUGUCUGCGUCUAUGUUACCGAGUACAGUAGCUGGUGACACGGUACACAACAACGUCAAUACUCCAACAGUCUUGACAGUUGUCUGCUGAGUCGCUGACUAAGUUUCAGACAAUGCAAGGUUCAUGAAGUUUCAAACACCAAUUAUAGCUCUAGGAUACACAGCUCUAGAAGUAGAACUAUGUUUGAUUGAAAUGAGAGGAAGUACUUAUUUCUAAGAUAUCAAGACUAAGCUUUUGAACCAGUGGCCGGUUGCCUGCUGCCAAAAGACUAGUAAAAUGGACAGUAUUGUGUCUUCUGAGGAUUUAGCAGGGGGUUCUGAUGCACAGACAGUCGUACCACUUCCGUUUAAAGAAGGGAGCAGUGCAGGUAGAGUCACAAGUGAACAUCCUUUAUCAGAAACGGAGAUGCCUCCUGCAAGAGUGGAUCAUGCUGCAGAGACAUGUGACAAGACUGUUACAGGAGAAGCUUGCCAGUCAGAUAGGGAAGGUUUGCAAGAUGGUACAACAGUGAGUCCAGCCCCAGGAAAAAAGGGAUCAGGACGAAGGGUCCGAUUUCCUGAAGGGAGUCUUGUUACAAGCGAGUAUGAGCCACCCAAUCCAUGGAUUAAUGCCAAGGAAACAUGCACUGAUGAGCUUUGUGCCGCUUACCAAGCUGGAUGUGCACAGAUGAAAGUCAAACCAAGUCAGAGUAUCAUUCGACAACUCCAGACGGUGAAGGAUUUCACAGUUCGAGCAGAAAGUCUCAAUCUUCAAGGUGAAAAACUAGAUCUAAAAGCUGUGGAGACUUUAGAGGAGGUAUUCAAAAGGGUCCAGUUCAACACUAUAGAUGUGGAAGGCACAUCAAUGGAUGAUGAGGCUACCAUGGCAAUGUGUGACAUGAUAGAGUUUUAUCAGUCUACGUGUAAGCUCAUCUAUGCAAGUAAUAGAUCUAUUGGGUUCAGAGGUUGGCAAGCAGCCUCAAGGCUUCUUAGAAGGACACCCUGUCUGCACACGUUUGAUGCAAGAAACACCUGUUGGACAGAACAUAGUAUGCCUGCAAUGUCAAGGGCUAUGAGAGUUGAUUCUUCCAUCACAGCACUGCACCUAGAGGCUUGUAACCUUUCUGGCAGACCACACUUUCUACUCAUGUCAGCUUUACGUACAAACUCAACCCUGAGGGAGAUAUUCCUUGCAGACAAUCGUUUGAUGCCCUCUGAUGCAAUCCAUAUUGGUGGAAUGUUACGACACAACUCUGGUCUCAAACUCCUUGAUCUUAGAAAUAACAAUAUACAGGAUACUGGUCUAUCCCACAUAAGCAAUGGUCUAUCCGCUCAGUCUAAGGGAGGUCUCUCAACUCUUGUUCUCUGGAACAACCACAUCACUCAUAAUGGUGUAGCUCACCUUGGUAAAGCAUUGAUAAAGUCUACCAAUCUUGAAACUCUGAAUCUUGGUCAAAACAACCUUGGAACGGAUGGAAUCCAUUUCUUGAAGGAUGGUCUUAUGAAGAAUAAAGCUUUGAUGAGACUGGGUUUAUAUGCAUGCAAGAUAUCUGAUGAAGGUGCAGUAGCCUUGGCUGAAUACCUAGCUGACAACUGUUUUCUGAUGAGACUUGAUUUAAGAGAAAAUGACAUACGGACCGGAGGCAUGAUGGCGCUAUCACUGUCGUUAAACGUCAAUACUAUUCUGCUUAGACUUGACCUUGAUAAAGAUGUGAAGAAAGAAUCACUCAAAGGGUAUGAAGAACUCCAACAAUCUCUUCUGUCUGAAAUAUGCAGUCACCUCUCACGGAAUCGAAAUAUCCUUGAACAACGUCAAAAAGAAGAGGAGGAGCGAGCAAAGAAUGCCUAUGCAAAUCAAAAGGCACAAUCAGAAAAGACAGACAAUGAAAUAGAUAAUGCAACUUCAGAACAGUCAGAUCCCAAAGUCAAUGAAAUGAGUAGACAGGAAGUAGUAAGAGAUACUAGGGACCCUUUGAUGGGCAUUGAGAGUGCUCAAGAGGCACUUGUGGUCUUAGGAAGCAGACCUAAAAGUGGACAAAAGACCCAGAAAUCAAGUAAAGAUAUUAAACCACAAGAAGUAGGAGGAUCAAGCAUUGUUAAUGGUCUAGAACAAAACGAGGAAGUAAAAGAAAUUUUGCCAUCGUCUAUGCCAUUAGUAACUUCAGCAAUACCAUUACAGAGUUAUUCAGAAGGAGAAUCAAUAUCAACUCAAGAACUUUCAUCAGAAGUAUCAUCACCUUCAUCAUCAUCUUCAUUAUCUACAGUCUCUGCUUCCAGUUUACCAUCAAGUCAAUCUCAAACAGCUCCUGAAGGAGAGAAUCUCUUCAACUCUGAUCACUUGCCAUCAGUCAUUCCGUUGCUUGCUCAUAGCUCGAGAAGUGGAAGUAUUACAAAAAUUGAAAUCCCCAAGGACGAAUCUAAGCUUCUUCACAGUGACAGCAUUGAUGUUGAGUCUCCAACAUCUCCGACAAACUUGAAACCAUUGGAUAUUCCCAGUGCAAUCCCAGAUGGCAAUGAAGAACAAGUGGGGCAAUCAGUAGGAGUGAAGACGGUUGUUGGGAGGGCGAUCGGAGAAGCAGGAGAGGUACCAAGUCCUGAUACGGAACCGUUCGGAAGAGGGGUGCCAUUGAAUAUAGAUGGAAAGAUUGGAAAUAGACUAAUGGCUGGAAUGACUGAGAAUCCAUUUGUACCAGUUCCAGCUGGAAAGAUUAAUGUUGACCCAGAACCUUCACCAGACCUGGAGAGGGAUAUUGAUCAUAUGCUUGCUGCUGCUCAUGGCUUAUAGAAAGGUGCCAUUGGCCGCAGUACUUCAUGACAGGACAUGUUAUAGUUGCUCAGACACCAACUUGUCUUGAAAGGCAGUCUUCUUCAUGUAGAUGCUAUGGAACCAAUCACAUUGCCUGCUGAUAUGCUUCAUGUGAUAUGACCAACUCAUCAAACAGUAAACAUUUAACAGUAACCAACUUGUUAAGAAAUCUUAAGUCAAAAGAAGUCUUAAGUCAGACUCUAAGCAAAGCAUGAUUGAUGGUUUGGAAAUCUUAUCAACAAAAUUUAUAAUGACCAUGAUAAUUGAAAUUUUUUAUCAGAACUGUUUUCAUGAUAAUCAAAUGACUUAGGGAAUGAAAUGUUGAGGUUUAAAUGAUAUAGAUUGGUCUAAUGUUUUAACGAAUAGAUGAUAAACCUCUGUCAAGGUGAUAAAACCAACUGUCUAUAGGUCUUACAAAAUCUAAAUGAAGUCAACUGCCCAUAGCCGAGCAAGUGAUAGUAUGUCUCUGAAAGGGGAUCAUUUGUCUUAUAUUCUGAACUUGAGACCAUUAUGUAGUAUGAAAAAGGUAUUUUUAAUAUGCUAAGUUAGGGAAAAGGGAGAAAAAUGAGCCCCCCCCCCCACUGUCCCUUAUGACAUUAAACAGCAAAGAGAAUAAUUAUGAUCAAAUCAACCUAGGAAGGCAUUGUUGAGUAAAAUUGUUAUGGCUUCCUCACUUAAUUUUUGAUAGUUGAUAAUCCAUAGUGCAACACACUUUUAAUUAACAUGUAGUCAGGGACUGAUUAAAUCACUUAAACAAAGACAGUCAUUAUCAAAUAUGAAAUUAAUAUGUUGACUGUUUUAUUGAGUUAAAAUGAAAUAAUUGGAAGGAAAUAUUCUUAAUUUCUUUUCUGGAGUCUAAUUCUCUUCAUUGUGUAAAUCUGUUUCCAUUGAGCCACUCUGUAAAACUUAUGCUUUGCUUCCUUCUACUAUUACAAUAUGUAUACAUUUUAAUCUGAUAUAUGGGAAUCCACUGCAUUGGUAAUGGCGUCAGAGCUGUUCAGUAGUAAUGCUUUCUGUGUUCCAUAUGCAUGUAGAAUGAAAUAUAUUGCUAAAUUUUACUCUAAUCAUGAAGUUGUUUCAUUGUGUUAAAGUAUAGCUAACUACUGAAACUGAUAUGUAAACUUUUUUUGUUUUUGUUUCGUAUUCUAUGAAUAAGAUUUGUUCUAUGCUAUCUGUGCUUCAGUACUAAUGAGAGAACCAAAGUUUUCAAAUACAUCACAGGGAUAAUCAAAGGGUCAUGAAAAGUUCAUCAAAUUUCAGUUUCUUAGAUUAUUUUCCAUUGCAAUACUUAUUUGAGACCUGUGUUAAUUAUAUUCCAUACAUGUGUACAACAUUCAAUGUCAACAUCUCGGUAAAUAUCUUUAUAUUAGUAUUUCUUAGAAAAAAUUUGUUGUAAACACUGAAUGCUUUCUUUUUUAUCAGCUAUUUAUGUUUUUAGCUCUCCAUUGGGGAAAAUGUCUAUAAAGUCUGUGGCCCGUAUUCUGAAGUCAGGUUUAAGAUAAACUCUGGUUUAAAGGUGUGGUUUAAUUAUGGAUAUCCAAUAGUGGCAUAAAUCUCUAACAGUAGGAAUAUGAUUUAAAUAAAUCAGCUCAUGUUUCUCUCAAAUCAUUCUGAACUGUUUCAGAAUGAUGAAUGAGAUAGGUUUCUUCUAAUUCACAAGCUAGGUAAGACCACAGUAAACAUAAGAAACAUCCAAUGUCAGGAAAAUAUAAACAUUUUUGGCUGUCCAUAAUUUUAGCACACAGUUAGGCCAUGACUUCAGAAUACUGGCCAAUAAGUCUUAAAAUCCUAAAGUGAUGGCACAUAAAUUUGCUAUAUUGAUAAUAAAAGUAUACAAAAGUUGUCUUGAAAACUAUUCACUAUCUCAUCUAAUCGCUUUUAUUAAUUUCAUCAGAACAAUAGACCAUUUCUGAGUUACCCCAUGGAGAAGUUUGUUCAAAUGUUUCCUUCUAUGAGGAUAGGAAAAUUCAAAGCAAAAUAUAAUAUACACAUGCUUGACAUGGCAGGAUGCAGAUAUUCAAUAGGACAAGUAAACAAAAUAGCAUGUCAAUUGUAUUUUGCCAACUAUUAAAAACAAGUGGCCAUUGGAUGCAUUGUUGCUUUUCAGUGGAUCUUAUGAAAAGCACAUUAAAAAGAAUAUAUGAUUAAUCAAGACAUCAAAUAUGGGGCUUAUCUCAAUGAAUAUUAUACCACCACGCCAUUUGAGUUCAAAUGACCCUCUGACCAUAUGUAGAAUGGAACUAUUAACUAAUUAGAAAAACAUGUGAAUCCAUUGGCGGAUCAUAUCAUUUACUAGUCACUUGCCAUUAGUAACAUUUGUCAUGAUAGUUGAAUUGUUGUCAUUGAAAUAAAAGGUGCAAUUAUUUCAGAUUGCUGAAUUUAACCUUAAACAAUGUUAAUUCUUCCCCUUUGCCCAUUAUUUUAAUAAUAAACUCUGGAAGAAAUUGUAGUUUUUCUUUUGUAUCCUCAGUUUUGGUAAAUGAGUGGAAUACUCUUCAGUGUAUUAUUAUAGUAUAUAGCUAGCCAUUCCUUCUAAUUAUCUUCAAUCACCUUUAUGAAGUGAAGUACUUAAAAUGUUGGAAGCUAAUGUACAUUUUCAAAUCAUAUAUUCUUGAAAUUGGGGUACUUAGAUUUGAGAAAUAUCUGUUUUAUCCCUCAUAUCCUCAUAUGUGUAAAAGAAUGAUUUAUAUGCUGUUUAAAGAUAGUGAGAUAUUACUGCUUGACUUUUGACAUGAAAUAUUCAGUUACAUUGAUAUUUGACAAUGAUAUAUUUAUUUGAUAUUUUAUGUUUUACUUUGGCAGCUCUUCUCUGCAGUCAAAUUUUAAGGGAAAAUGCAUAUGGAGUUCUUGUAUAACAAUGACAUUUAGAGAGAUCUGAAACUCCUUUGACAUAAUUGGGAAGACACAGUUUGUUAUGUUAUGUAAGAAGUACAAGGAUGGUUUAAGCCCUUUCCAUUUCUGGUAAGAUCUCAUAAGGGAUUUUGUCUAGUCUAUCGUUUUUAGCUACAUGUAGUGAGUAGCAACAAAAAGGCAAAAAAUAAGUCCCUUCAAUUUUUCUCCUGAUCAAGAUUAAUAAACAAAUCAGAGAUAAAGAGUUCCAGUUUGACAUUUCAAAAAGACUUGUUAUAACAAAUACCUGUACACAAGUUCAAAAACAAGUUUAUUAUCAGCUGAUUAAAUUAAGUGACCGUUGUUGCAAAAUUGUUAUUGUAACGAGUCUUAUUAUAUGGGUCCCAGACUUAUCAUAAGCCAUCGAGUGGGCAAAACAAAUUCUCUGAGGAUUUCCGUUUCUAACAAUAAAAUAUUGAUUUUCGAUUUUCAAUAUUCAUACGUCGCUACAAGAAGAAAAAAAAACUAUUGUGCUUGUUAUAGUGCGCACGCUCAUCUAGAACUUGCGCAAUCGUCACUGUAUGUGAUGGAGAAAAAAAAAUGGAAUGGCAACGACCUCUUCAUUUCACGCAUACUCAAACUAAUUUAUUAUGUGUUAUGACCCUAUUGGGUUAAAAGAUGGAUGAAACACAAAAGUUCCAUCACUGCGAGUGAUGAUCGAUGGGGAAACUAUCCUGUUCCAUGGGAAUGACUUCUGACCAAUCUUAUGGCAAGGGUCUUAUUUAUGCGGAAUACAAAUUAAUUCAAAUAAACUGGGCUCCUAGAUGCUUAAAACAUAGCAACAUUCAAGAAAUCAGCACUGUGACAAGUGCGUGCAUUUAUUAUAGGACUUUCUUUUAAUAAUAUAUGCUGAAUCAAGCAUGAAUUGAUGCAUAAUGAGAUAUGUACACUUCAUAGUUUAAAUCAUGGAUGUAAAAUCAACCGUAUUGAUGAUGGGAACAUUGAGUUAGUAUGUAUUGAUUUCUUAUUUCUCAUUGUAAAUAUAUUAUUAAUAAUAUAAUUAUUACCUGUAGGUGUGUGUAUGUGAUAUAGUAUUCAUGUGACAGUACAACUGCCACUUCAGUGAAGAUAGCUAUAAAGUUCUCCACCGUGUGAUGUAUAUUGUUUUUUCUAGCUUAAAGCUGUAUAUAGUUUAUUAAUAUAUACAUUGAAAUUUUAUGAUUAUCAAUUAUGUGGUGCAUUUGAAUAGUGUUAUAUUAUGAUGGCAUGAUAUUGUAGUGCAAGCUGUUCACAAUCUGUUUCUGUACUUGCUUUUUGAUAAACAGUAGCUGAAAAUAUUUUACUUCCAUUUCAACUUGUACUGUAAAAAUCUGUAAGAUGAAUCAACCAAUUAAUUGAUGUAAUUUGCAAAGGGAGUAACGGUACGCUGUUACAAAACAGCUGACAAUCUGUUGUGGGGAAGUUUCUAAUGAAGUGUUCUCUGUUAAAAUCUCAAUGUCAGUAAAGGUGAGCUGCAUUAUCAAAUUUGUUUAUUGUCAAGUUAGGGAAGUAAUCCGCUGACCAUCUUGAUGAAUUUACCUCUACUUCAACUGUUUGGUUAUCUUCUAGCAGGUUCAGACAUUUGUAAUCGUUCAAUUCCUGGAUCUAAAGUGAAAAUCCCAAAGAAUAUGGUAUAGAUGAAGCUGAAUUUUUUAUUGGGGGUGUGGGGCUUAGAUCUACCUAUUUUUGUUCUUCAACUUGAAUUUAUUUGUGUGAGUAUGGGUGCAUUACUAUGAAUUUGGAGUGCUUGGUGUACACAUGCAUAUUGAUAAGAGAAAUGCCACCAUUGUUGUAAAAUGAAGAAUGACUACAACUAAUAAUUAUGGUGAAGAAACUCAACGUACAGUGAAAUCAGAUGUAUGCAGUAAUCUUUCUUUUGGUGCUCUUCACUUUCAAAUACAUUUUCUAUCAAAAUUAGUAUUUAUGAUUUCAAUUAUUGAAAAAUUAGAUUUCAGUUUGCUUAUAUUUUGCGUGGAUAACAAUAUUUCCUGUGUAAUUUAUCUUUCCAUGUUAUAAUGUAAGUGGUUAAUGACCAAUCUUUUAUUAAAUGUAUUUUGAUUUUGCUAAUGUCAUUUUCUUCUUGUAUUAUAUAUCUUGAUUAUAGACAGGCAAAUAGAGGACACAUAGCUUAGAUAAUCAAAAUUAUACUGCAAACUAGUAAAGAAGUAUUAUGUGAGAAUUCAUGUCAGAAUUUUACAUGGAUGGAUAUCGUUUUUAUCCAAGUCAUGCUGAGCUUUAAUUACUGCUGUUUUUCUAGUGGAAGUAAUUUGGGAAAUGCAAGGUUCAUGUUGUCUACGAUGCUUCAUGUACCCUUAAGAACAUUCUGUAAACCGAGAAAACAGUGUUUUCUCACCCAAGGGCUCAACUUUCAUUGAAGAGUGGACAGCAUCCACACACACACACACAAAAAUGAAAAGGGGGUAUUUUUCAGGGGUAGGUAUUGAAUGCUAAUAGUGUAAAAAUGCAAAAAAUAAAUCCCCCUAAAUUAUGACUCCUUAAAAUGUGAAUAGGGUAGGUAAUCUGCACAGAUUGUUGGGCCUACUUAACUGUAGCAAGACAAAAUUUGAAUUGGAAUCUCUAACCCCACAUCUCAAUCCUAAACCUUUUCAAAUCCCCAUUACUAUUUGGCAUACACAGCACAUAGCGCUUGUGUAAAAUUGGGAAUAUGCUGGUUUAUGUCCAAAUAAGUAAUGCAACCCCUGUUUAGGGUGUGCAAAUAUAGGACAUCGGCACACAAUCCUUGUUUAGGGUGCCCUAGCGGCCUUCCCUUGAAUCCUGGGUUAGGGUGAUUUUUACACUAUUUGAUUCUCAUGGAUGCUGUCCACUCUUCAAUUGAAGUACCCCCCUCCACCCUGAAGCUUGUUGUAUCAAAGAUUCCUGGGUCCAUCAGGAAUUGUAAUGUUGUAAAUAAAGGCAGAAUAUAGAUUAUUUAAAGGCAAAUCCAACCUUGGUCAUAAAAUGUGUUGGAAAAAAGAAAAUAAGAAAAACAGAAUCGUGAAAGUUUGAAAGAAAUCGCAUAGGCAAUAAGAAAGUUGUGGCUGCUUUAGAAUUGAGAUCCUUAAGACUGUAAAUUUCAAAUUGGCAACUGUAAGUAAAUUAUGACAAGGGACAAGGAAUUUUCCCAUUGGACAUGUAUGAUUAUCAUGAUUUUUCGGGUUUUCUUUUUAAGUACAUAUUCCCCUGUGGCAGUAAUCAAAUAUAGCCUAGGUAAAGUUUUUAUGUCCUCAUGAAAGAAAAAUAUAAUUUGAAGAUAAACUUAUGAAAAAUAAGAAGACUUUUUAGCCAUGUUAUAUAUUUGAGUAAGUGGAAGAGUAGCCUCCUUGCCUUGCAUCAAUAUGACAUCACAAAUGCGGCCAAUUUGGAGUCUUUUUAGGUAUAGUGAUUACCACAUUUUACAAAUUUUAGAAUUCAUAAUUCUUUCUUAUUUUUCCGAUAAGUUCAAUCUUGUGUAUCAACUGGUCUGAUUUUUUCUUUUUCCUCUGAAAACAACUCUUUAUUUGGGUUGGACUCCCCCUUAAGUGUGAAGGAUUUGUAUUUAAAAAGCAAAUGGGUGUUUAUACACAAUGUUCUUGCUUUUCUAAAAGUGAAAAAGUAAUGCUGGUCUUUUCUGUGGACAGUAUUAAAGCAACUCUAUUUUGUAUUCAAAACCUACUGGUUCAAUGUUAUUUACUUAAGAAUGUAAAUACGGUAACUAAAUGUAUUUCGUUUUAUUUCAAUCAUAAUAGAUUUCUGAAAUAUUGCAGGUACUUUAUGACAUGGUUUUGACUUGUAUGAAGAAUAUUAAAAGAACAUAUUGUUCAGGAUUUCAAACAGAAUUUCAUUGCUUGAAUGAUUGUAGACACAAUAAUGCACUUUUAUAUUUGAAUGCCUACCAAGUAUGGUAAUAAUUGCUGUAUUACAUCUGUUGAGCUUUUCCAGCUGCCAUUGUAUUUUAUGCAUAGGCUAAGAAAAUACCAUACAUUGCUAUAUCUCUUUGUAAUGUUUCUCUAGAAGUAAAAUUUUGUAGCAUUUGAGCAUAUAUGUUUAUGAUAAUGCUUGUUUGAUUCAUAAAAUUUUGGAUAAAAGAUAUGUCUAAAAAUGGAAAAUAGUCUUCGCUUAAAGUUAUAGAAUACUCCUAUAGGUGAUUUUGAAAUUCUUUUUCCUUGGUACUAAAUGUUGAGAUUGACAUUUAUUAUUUUGUAAUGAUCGAAAUAUUGAUUGUGGGGUUGGGAAUUGGUGUAAUUGCUUUUGUUUUGAGGUCACUUAUACUCAGUGUGAUGUUCACUGACCUGGAUCUUAUCUUAAUUAGUGAUGCUAUAUUUUUCUGAUAUAUUUGAGUUUUGAUUAGGCAGAAAUUGGCGAAUGUAAUGUAAAAUGUAGCGCUCAGUGAAGAUAUUUAUUUUCCAUCAUGUAGCAAUUAAACUCAGGAUUUCAUUAGGUGUAUAUGUUGCAAUAAUAAUAUGAAUUAAACCAAUGU